AUGGUCGUGGUGGUCGCUCACUUGCUUGCAGGUGAGACUGCGCCUAGCGUCCACUUGCUGGCACUCAACUCUCACCUGUGGCUCCACGUAGCUGGGCUCUGCUCAGCGGCCACACCCCGGGCAACCGUCUCGACCGGCGGGCUAAACCAGGUGAGGGGGCCCUGUGCGCUGUGCCGUGUGCACAGGGUUUGCGGAUUCCGCUGGAUGGAAGGUCGGAUGGAACCUUGCGUCGGCACCGUCGUGACGUGGUUCGUCUCUGCACGUCGCUUGACACGCCGGUGACGGGAUGGAUCUCCACAUCGACAUCGCCUUGACGCGCCCACCUACGCAGUCGGAGACCGCGGCUUACGGCGAAUUCGAGUCGCUCUCCACUACAACCCGAAGUCGUGGUCCCAUAGUGGAGUUCGGCCGUGCCACAACGGCACAUGGCAGCCCUAUUCAGGGAUGGCACUGCCAGCCUCCACGAGGGGAAGGGUCUAGAAAAGGUGGCCUAAACAUUGCUGGGUUCCACGCCGUCUCCAGGCUAGCCAGGGCCGCAGACGUCUUAUCAUGGUCGAAACAAUCAAAAUCGAAACAACAACAAUACCAAUAACAACAACAACAACCAUACUCAUUCUCCUCAUCCUACCUUUUCCUCUGCCUAUUCUUCUGCCUAUUCUUCUCCUUCGUCACCUUCUUCUCCAUCUCCUUCCCGUCGCCCCACUCGCUGUCACCAGACUGGCAGGGUGAGCCCGCUCACUCUGGCAGCCUGGAAUGUUCGUUCUCUUUUAGACAAUCCGAGGAGCAACCGACCGGAACGGAGGACGGCGCUAGUGGCACGAGAACUGGCGCGCUACAAGGUGGACAUCACCGCACUCACCGAGACCCGAUUCUCCGAAGAAGGCCAACUGGAGGAGGUGGGUGCCGGCUACACCUUCUUCUGGAGCGGUCGACCCAGGGCAGAGCGACGGGACGCGGGUGUCGCCUUCGCCAUUCGGAACGACAUCGUGGGACGACUGCCCUGUUUGCCACAGUGCAUCAACGAUAGCCUGAUGAGCCUCCGCCUGCCUCUCCGGCGGGGGGGCCAAUUCGCCACCAUCAUCAGCGCCUACGCUCCCCCGAUGAGCAGCCCCGACGCCGCCGCAAGAGACAAAUUCUACGAAGACCUGCACGCCCUCUUGGCGACUGUGUCGAAGGCGGACAAGUUGAUUGUCCUUGGCGACUUCAACGCCCGCGUCGGCACAGACCAUACUGCCUGGAGGGGAGUGCUGGGUCCUCACGGUCUCCGCGGCUCCAACGACAACGGCCUGCUGCUCCUCCGCACCUGCGCAGAACACCGCCUCAUCCUGACGAACACGUACUUCUGUCUGUCGGAGCGAGAGAAGGCCACCUGGAGGCAUCCUCGGUCGCGCCAGUGGCACCUGCUGGACUAUGUCCUCGUCCGGAGGCGAGAUCAGCGGGACGUGCUGGUGACGAAGGCGAUCGCGGGUGCUGACGGGUGGACCGACCAUCGCCUCGUCAUCUCGAAGAUGCGUAUUCGCCUACAGCCUCGCAGGAGACCACAAGGUAAGCUACCCCCAGGUAAGCUGAAUGUUGCUUUGUUGUCUUUGCCCGCUCAUCAUCUUCAUUUCAGCAAUGAGCUAGCUCAACGGCUAGACAACCUUCCUAUCGCUGCCGCCGCCGACGACUCCGCCGCCGCCGCCGCUGCCGAGAACGCCUCCGUGGAGAACCGCUGGUGUCAACUGCGAGACAUGGUCCAGUCGACGGCGCUCGCCGUCCUCGGUCGCGCUCCCCGCCAACACCAGGACUGGUUCGACGACAACGACGCCGCCAUCAGAAAUCUGCUAGCUGAGAAGAACCGCCUACACAAAGCCUACGUAGAUCACCCCACUGAUGCCACCAAAGCUGCCUUCUACCGCAGUCGCCGCCAACUUCAGCAACGACUGCGCGAGAUGCAGGACGCCUGGACUGCUCGCAAAGCUGAGGAGAUCCAAGGCUACACGGACCGCAACGAAUGGAAGAACUUCUUCUCUGCGAUCAAAGCUGUCUACGGUCCGCCGACGAAGGGCACUGCUCCUCUCUUCAGCGCCGACGGCAACACUCUCCUGACCGAGAAGACGCAAAUCCUGCAGCGAUGGGCCGAGCAUUUCCGAGGCGUCCUCAUCCGCCUCUCCGUCAUCUCCGACGCCGCCAUCGAGCGUUUGCCGCAAGUGGAGACCAACGUGGACCUCGACCUCCCGCCAUCUCUCCAGGAGACCAUCAGGGCCGUGCAGCAGCUCUCCAGCGGGAAAGCACCCGGAUCGGACGCGAUCCCUGCUGAGGUCUACAAGCACGGAGGUCCCCAACUAAUGGAUCACCUGACUGCGCUCUUCCAAGAGAUGUGGCGUCAAGGUGAAGUCCCGCAAGAUUUCAAGGACGCAACCAUCGUGCAUCUCUACAAGCGCAAAGGGAAUUGCCAAGUCUGCGACAAUCACCGCGGAAACUCCCUGCUGAACAUAGCCGGAAAGAUCUUCGCACGAAUCCUCCUCAACCGCCUCAAUAACCAUCUGGAACAGGGCCUUCUGCCGGAAAGCCAAUGCGGCUUCCGUCGUCAUCGAGGGACCACGGAUAUGAUCUUCGCCGACCGUCAACUUCAGGAGAAGUGUCAGGAGAUGCGGACCCACCUGUACUCUACCUUCGUGGACCUGACGAAAGCCUUCGACACGGUGAAUCGUGAAGGACUGUGGAAGAUCAUGCGGAAAUUCGGCUGUCCGGAGCGAUUCACUCAGAUGGUGCGUCAGCUGCAUGACGGUAUGAUGGCGCGAGUCACGGACAACGGAGCUGUCUCCGAGGCAUUCGCAGUGACCAAUGGCGUGAAGCAAGGCUGCGUACUGGCGCCUACCCUCUUCAGUCUUAUGUUCUCUGCCAUGCUGAUGGACGCCUACCGCGACGAACGCCCCCGGAUCCGCAUCGCCUACAGGACGGACGGUCACCUCCUGAAUCAACGGCGGAUGCACUUCAAAUCGCGCGUAUCCACAACCACCGUUCACGAACUCCUCUUCGCCGACGACUGUGCCCUGAACACCACCUCGGAAGAGGAGAUGCAACGGAGCAUGGACCUGUUCUCCGCCGCCUGCGAGAACUUCGGUCUGGUCAUCAACACACAGAAGACGGUGGUGAUGCACCAACCGCCCCCCGAUUCGGCCACAGCCCCCAACGUGCCGCCGCAAAUCAGCGUGAAUGGGACCCAACUGCAAGUAGUGGAGAACUUCCCGUACUUGGGCAGUACUCUCUCCCGCAACACCAAGAUCGACGACGAAGUCGCCAACAGGAUCUCGAAAGCCAGUCAAGCCUUCGGUCGCCUCCAAAGCACAGUUUGGAAUCGUCAUGGUCCCCAAAUGAACACGAAGCUGAAGAUGUACAAGGCCGUCAUCCUGCCGACGCUACUGUAUGGAGCGGAGACUUGGACGGUGUACACAAAUCAGGCACGUCGUCUGAACCACUUCCACCUCAGUUGUCUUCGUCGCAUCCUGAGGCUGAACUGGCAGGAUCGAAUCCCCGACACUGAUGUGCUGGAACGGACGGGAAUCCUCAGCAUCUACGCCAUACUGAGGCAAAUUCAGCUGCGCUGGAGCGACCACUUGGUGCGCAUGGACGACGAGCGACUACCCAAACGAUUCUUCUACGGAGACGUCGCGACGGGUUCUCGCCGUCAAGGAGGCCAGAUUCGCCGUUACAAGGAUACCCUGAAGUCCUCCCUGAAAUGCCUGCAAAUCAACCCCACCAACUGGGAGGAGCUCGCACUCGAUCGACCGACCUGGAGGAGAACAGUGAAGACAGGCGCUGCGAUCUACGAAGCCAACCGCAUCGCUGCCGCCAAAGCGAAACGUGAAGCCCGCAAAUCACAACUUCGCCCAGUAAGCAACGCCGCCGCACAACCGCUUCCAACGUGCCCCCGAUGUCAACGGACAUUCCGGGCUCGAAUCGGACUUGUUGGACAUCUUCGGAUUAACUGCGCCUCUCGAACGGCACCAACCAUCGUCCCCCCGCCUGCCUCUUCCUCCUCCUCUCCGCCGCCAACUAACCCUGACAAUUCUUCUGACCCACCACUUCCAUCAUCCUCCUCCUCCUUCUCCUCCUCGCCCACUGCUCCAACGGCGGCCGCUCAGGCGACUGUCCCACGCACAGCAACCGACACUACCACCACCUCCCCCGACUCCAGGGAUGAGGAUCAGGACUACACCUGCCCUCACUGCGACCGUACCCUCAUCUCACACAUCGGCCUGGUCGGUCACUUGCGAAUCCAUCGCACAGAGCCUGGCGAACCAGUGCGUGAAGCCCCAACCUACACCCACCGCACUCGCCUCCAGUGCCCGCACUGCCCUCGCACCUUCAGGCAUCGCAUGGGCCUUUUCGGCCACAUAGGGAUCCACGAGAGCGGCCUUGACCGCACUCCCGACACACCCACUACAUCCAAUACAUCCACCGUGCACACCCCCACUCUCGUUCUAUCCGUCCGCGACACCACCACCACCGCCUCCUCUGUAGCUGACACUGACACCGCCGACUUCUCAUGCCCACACUGUCCACGCACAUUCACCUCACAUACCGGCCUGGUCGGUCACUUGCGAACCCAUCGCACAGAGACUGGCGAACCACUCCCUGGAGCACCCACCUAUACCCACCAAGCUCGUCUCAACUGCCCACACUCUCCUCGCACUUUCAGGCAUCGCAUGAGCCUAUUCGGCCACAUGCGCAUCCACGACGACCUGCGGUAG